AAUUAAAAGUUUUUAAAGUCAUUGAUUUAAAUCCUGUUCUUUCUUGCGUUCAGUUCUUUGUAACACAAGCACGCGAAAGAAGCUGAAAUGGCAGAUACAAGUUCCAUCAUAGAAAACAAUCUUUACGACCCGAUCUCGUAUGAUGUAGUAAGUGUAUCUGCUGAAUACAUCAAGAAAAGAACAACCUAUCGUCCUGAAAUUGGAAUUAUCUGUGGAUCCGGUCUUGAUCCCUAUAUAGGUGGAUUGGCAGAGCUUGUUAACAAAGCGGAUAUAUUUCCAUAUGAAGAAAUCCCAAACUUUCCAGUGUCCACAGUUCCUGGGCAUGUUGGCAGAUUGCUUCUUGGUAAUCUAGAGAACGUCCCUGUAGUAAUAAUGCAGGGUAGAUUCCACUCAUAUGAAGGAUAUGAACUCUGGAAGACUGCCAUGCCAGUGCGAGUAAUGAAGUUGUUAGGAGUUAAAAAGAUCAUUGUUACAAAUGCAGGAGGAGGUUUAAACAAAGCUUUUCAGGUUGGGGAUAUUAUGGUGAUGAAAGAUCACAUCAAUCUUCCAGGUUUCUCUUGCCAGCACCCACUUAGAGGUCCUAACGAUGAAAGAUUUGGACCUAGGUUUUUUCCUACAAAUGAUUUGUAUUGCCACGAAUACCGAAAAUUAGCUAGAAAGGUUGGAAUAGAGUUAAGACUCGAAGGGGUGAUCAGAGAAGGCGUUUACAUAAUGUUAGGAGGUCCUAAUUAUGAGACCGUGGCAGAACUCAAGAUGCUUAGGGAGAUGGGGGUAGAUAGUGUUGGCAUGAGCACAAUACCAGAAACUAUCGUAGCUCAUCACUGUGGGAUAAAGGUUUUUGCCUGUAGUCUGAUUACAAACAUGUGUAUAGUUGAGUAUGGAUCUGGUAUUGAGACAAAUCAUGAGGAGGUGAUGGAGGUUGGACACAGAAGAGCAGAGGAUCUUAAAAAGUUUGUAACAAAAAUGGUUGAAAAAAUGAGCUCUAUUUAAUGUGAUAUUAAUAAUUUUCAAUAAUGAAAUAAAUAAUUUGAAUUUU